GCUAUUUUUUGUCACUUUUUCUGAUGUGGGCUGUGCCCGCUGCUGCUGCCUGACGGUCAGCAGCAAGGCCGGGUACCAUCCCAUCAGGAGCUCCCUGCUGAUGGAGGCUCACCCACCCCCGCAGGCUCUGGCUGACCCGGGGAGCCCCGCGGCGCGGAGGGAGGAGCGCGCAGGGCCAUGUGAGCCGCUGGCGGCAGCAGCCCUCGGGGAAGACAGAUGGAGUGAGGGACAGCGCUCGGUCCGGCUGUCAGCGCGGCCCCAGCCCCGCCGCGGAGGGAGCCCCUCCUCCCCGCCGUGUGCGCCGUGCUCCCGGCCGGGGAACCAUGGCGUCCAGCGAGGAGGACGGAGGCGGCAACGGCGCGGUGGAGGAGAAGGAGAACGGCAAGAAGAAGAAGCUCGGCGCCCUGGCUACGACCUGGCUCAUCUUCUACAACGUCGCCAUGACCGCGGGGUAAUCCACUGUGCAGUUGGAAUAGUUCGCACAUCUGUGCUUGUGACUGGGGUCCAAGUGAGUUCAAGAAUCUUCAUGGUGUGGUUCAUUGCACAUAGUAUAAAACAGAUCCAGAAUGAGGAGAGCGUUAUUCUUUUUCUGGUUGUAUGGACUGUGACAGAGAUCACUCGAUAUUCCUUCUACACAUUCAACCUGCUCAACCAUUUGCCAUACUUCAUUAAAUGGGCCAGAUACAACUUUUUUAUCAUUUUGUAUCCUGCUGGAGUUGCAGGUGAACUGUUAACCAUAUAUGCUGCUUUACCCUAUGUGAAGAAAACAGGAAUGUUUUCGCUGAGACUUCCCAACAAAUAUAAUGUCUCCUUUGACUACUAUUACUUCCUUAUUAUUGUCAUGUUCUCCUAUGUGCCAUUAUUUCCACAACUCUACUUCCACAUGCUGCGGCAGAGAAGAAGGGUGCUUCAUGGAGAAGUGAUUGUGGAAAAGGACGAUUGAGUCAAGCUGUGUAACCAUGGUGCUUUUAGUGGAAAGGAAAAGAAAAGAGGGUAAAAACCCAAAACUUCCUCUGAUUUUUCUGAGUCCAAGUUUUAAAACAUGGAACAAGAAUAAACAACUGUGCCUAAAAUAUCAUGGACUGUAUUAUUUUUGCAAUUAAUAUAUUUUCAGACCUACCUUUUCAUCCUUGGAUUCACUUUGACUUUUAAUUGUUUGUUUCUCCAAAGAAAUUAUUUUCUUAUUUUCAAUAGGUUGAUGAGUAGCUUUAAGAAUUAGAAUAGUUGGCUACUGUGCCUUCUGUUCUGAAAGCUCUGUUAUGACCUGUAGUCAUUAUCAAGAACAGAAGGAGAGUUGGUAAGUUGUACUGAAAGUGAGUCUUCUGGAAAACAGAAUGUAAAUUACGUAAUGAUGUUUUUCAUAGACUAGGUAAAUUUAUUGUUAUUUAAGCUUUAUAUUAAGUAAUACCUUUCCAGUUAUAAGUACUGUAGAAUGUUGUUCGACAUUUUUUGAAUUACAGUAUCACGCUGCAGAAUUCCAGAAGAACUUUUGAAAGGAGCUGAAUUUGUGAUUGUCAGUGCAAAUUUGGACCUCCCUGUACUUUCAUUUGUUAUUUGAAAGAUACAUAGAAUAAUAGAUAUAAUAUUAACUGGUUAAAAGUUUGUGCUGAGUUGUAAGCAUGAUGUGUCUACCUUUCUCUAAUCAGUGGCUGGAAUGGGACUCCCUUGCAGAGCAAAGCUGAUUGUCAGCAUGUUUCCUAUUCUACAUUUAAAUUAUGUAUGCAGAAAAAUCAGUAUUGCAUUGAAAAACUGUAGCUAUGGUGAGAUAUUUGACUUCUUAUAAUAGCUCAGUGGGAUAAAAUAUAUUUGAAAUAGCAUCUUAAAAUAUAAAUUGUGCUUUAAUUCAUCCCAUUGGGCAAUUUUAAUUGCUCCCUCCUCAUUAAUUGUUUAUACUGUGUUAACCUAAUUCUAUUUCAUGUCUUCAGUAAUCUGCAAGAAGGAUCUACAGUAUAUUAAUAAAAUUCAUGGGUGAUAUUACACCAUAUCAUACCCGAGCGGGAGAGGUCCAACAAAUUAGACACAGCCUAAGAGAUUCAGAAAAAAGGUGAUACAUUUGAGGAAACUUGGAUACUUAGUGAGAGAGAGAAGAUGGAAAUGUAGUAAUGCGGUAUGAAGCCUUGAAAAUGUAGGCAACAAACCUGUCUUGCUUCUGGCUUCACUAAUGUCAAAAGAAGAGUAUACAUAUGUGGAAGAGCUGCAUCAGGCAGCUGGAAAUCAGAAUACUUGUGAUUUCUGAGGUAAUUUCUGGAGUACAGUCUUAUAUUUUGGCUACCUCAGGGAUGAAGAAUUGGAUAAUCUGCUAAAAGCUCAGAGAACAGAAACAAAAGUAGUUGAAGUGAGGAAGAAGUCGGAAAGAUUGAAUCGUUAGUAUGUAUAAUUCUUUGUUAUAUGACAAAUACAUGGAAGAGCUUUUCUAAGUAUGAAGGUGUAACUAGAACUGGUUAUAUGAAUUUGAAAUAAGGUAAAUAGCCAAUGAAUGUCAGAAGAAAGGUCCUACCAAUAAGAUCAAUUAGGUUACAGAAUGACACGGUGCUUAUCAAUGCAUACAGUGUCUUGGAAGGUUUUCAGUUAGAAUUGGCAAGAGUUUGAACUACAUACUUGAAUAGGCAGUUUCCAUUUUUAGCUUCAAUGAUACUAUGAUAAUACAACUUUUUAAAAAUUUGUAGAUACAGCAGAAAAAGCUGUAUCAGUAAUUCGAUUUAAAAAGCAAGGAUUUUCUGUAUCCCUAAAUUUCAAAUUCCAUUUUGUGCCUUAAGUUUGGGAUAUUUAUGCAUGUCUUCAUUACACAUAAAUGAGGUUCCUUUUAUAUGACACGUGCAUAGUGGACUUGAGACAGAACAGUUGUAUUUCUUUAAAUUUUAAAAGAUGUGAACUUAGUAUUCCUUAAAUUUCACACAAGGUGCUCUAAUUUAAGUUACUAUUUCUGUUUUAUAUGCAGCUAAAAUUAUUAAAAGUUUUAAAUAUAAAUGGCAUUUACAACACCGAAUCACAAAAUAGUUAUGUUACAUGUGUUCAGACUAGCAGUUGUAGGUGUUCAACAUUCUUUGAGUGCUGUUUUAUAAACUCCACUUGCUUUUUGAUCUAUGAGGAACAUACUGGCAGUUUUGGGACAUAUAUCUCAGUUAGCAAGCAGAAUAGUGUGAUGAAAUAUUAGAAACUAAGAUUAAACUAAUUUCUGUGUCUCUUCUUUUAGUGUCAGGGCAGCUCACUGAAGACCAUAGCUAUCAAUUCAUUGAAAAUACAUUGGAUACUUAAGGAUGUGAUUUGGAAAUCCUUGGUCAGAUGAGUGUAUCCCACAGAUAGUAUUCCUUCUAAAAGGAAUACUUGUGCUAUAAAAGUUUAUUGUAUUUGUUUUCAUUGUGGCCUAAGGAUGUUACCAUAUAUUAAUCAAUGACUUAUUUUAUAUUCUUUUAUACAUGUGAAAUGAAAAAAAUACAACACUGCUACAAUCUUGGGUUGCACUUCCAUAAAGCAACAAUGUACAAGGUAAUGAUACCAUUUAAAAACUGAUUUACAGCUACAAAAUAGUCUUGCUAAAUAAUGAAUUAGUAAAAGUAAAGCUAAAGUUUACUUACAGUAUCACAUUCAAUGUUUUAUAGACAAGAGAGAUUGCCAUGUAGAUUAGUUUACAUGGCAUUUACCUAAAAAAAAGUAAGCAACAUGUUCUUUUCUUCCUUCUCUUUUUUGACUGAAACCUUUCGCUGAAGCCUCCUUUUCACAGAAUCAGUAAGGUUGGAAAAGACCUCCAAGAUCACAAAGUCCAACCUUUGACUGAACACCACCACAUCAGCUAGACCAUAGCACUAAGUGCAAUGUACAAUUGCUUCUUGAAUGCUUCUAGGGAUGGUGACUCCACCACCACCCUGGACAGCCAGUUCCAAUGCCUGACUUGCCUUUCCGUGGAGAAAUUCUUCCUGAUGUCCAGCCUGAACCUCCCCUGGCACAGCUUGAGACCUUUUUCUCUUGUCUGGUUGCUGGUUGCUAUUCUGUUAACAUAUCUUCUGAAAUCUAGUGAGAAUUGCAGGUAACAUUUUCUUGCUAUUGAUUUCAGAUGAGCUAGAAUUUUAUCCUAGGUAUCUUAUUUAAAUUUCAAUAUAACAUUGUGAAACAUUUAAUUAACCGGUUAAUGGACAUGAAAGCUUAAGUAUGAUUUUCAUAUGGUGCUCUCUUUCCAACUUCUUUUUUACAUCUGUCUUUUUUGUCUUCCUCUCUGCAAUAUUCCUAGUUUUCUAAAGCAUUUAAAUCCUCCUGCUUAUGUAAGAUUAGGAAUGUAUUCAACCAUCAGCAUCUCUAAUGUUUGCAUGUAGUCUUUAACAAAGUGUCAUUAUAAAGGUAUUUUCUUACUUGUUCAAUAUAUGCCUUUUGAAAUGAAUUCAUAUAGAGAAUGGCCUUAUGAAACUUUUUGAAUGGCAGUACAGAGGAAUAGGGAGAUUCCUUUUAAUCAGGUGAUAUUUCCUACUAUUGGUAGAAACAGAAACAAAACACACCAUCCUUUGUAUAAACUCCACCUGAAACUAGCUGGAUUUCUUGAGGUUCUCCCCAGCACUCACACACCGUGAAGAGCUGUUUUGGGACAGAUUGGGUUGUUUCACACCUUGGCCCAGAAUGUUUGGAGGUCAGAUCCUGGCUUCAGGGCAUGGGCAGCAGAAAGGAAUAUGGUGCUGAGAUAUUGCAUCUCCUGCAUUGUGUGCCAAGAGGUCACUGAGGCCAUUGUGAGCAGUAGUUGAUAGAUGUCAUUCCUCUUACCACGAAGGAUGUGAGGUGAGAGGAAGCUCAGUGUGCUCUCAUUACCUUCUGCCUAGGGAGCUCAGGAGAUCAGCUGGGAGGAUCUCAGUGCACAAAGGGUGUUUUUCUGUGUUUCAGAAAGGGCUUUCCCGCUCCACUCAGCUAUCUUUUGCUAUCUCUUAGCCUAUAUGUCUUGAGAUUACUGGUCUGCCAGGAUGGGUAUGGCAUACCGCUCUCAACAGCGCAGUUCAACAUUAACUGCCUUGGAGAAGUGGUGCAGGGUCCUGUUUCUAAUUCCCAUUGAGCAUAGCAUUUAGCCAGGUUCGUGUUAAUGGAUAGAUUGCAAGGCUAGUUAACAGGGAGAUGCAUUGAGACCCUUUCUGUGGCCAGAUGGAACCUAACUUUUCUUGCCUAGAUAGAAAUAUGUGCAUUUUAAAUCUUGGUCUAGCUACUGUUCUGUACUUGCACUCUUCAUAGUAGCUAACUUCAGUGGAUAUUUGGAUAUGUGUAUAAUUACUAGAUAAACCAGAAUGAAACCAAAUCACAACCAUUAUAAUAAUUUAUAAUUUUAAAUUAGUUGUUACAUUAACAGUUUUUUAAUUCAGCUCUUGCUUAAUCUGCCUUAGAAAGAAAAAAAAGAAAGUUAAUACAAAUAAAUGUUCUGCACUAGGCAGUAGGGCUUCAUAAAUCAAAAUUUUCAGGCAGGCAAACUGGCUGCCAUUCAUAAAGGAUUGUUUAAGUGGGUUUUUUUGAACAAAAAAGUAGAAAGCUUUUCUGAAAAUCAAGGUUUAUUUAAUAAUGUGUAUUUUAAAAUGUGCUGAGACUUACUGUAUUGUUUAUCACCAGUUUACAAUUUAAAUUCAUGCUGAACCUACAGUUUUUAUAGAUGAUUAACUGUAGCCAUUAAAAUGUUUCAUUCUGUGUUUGUUACAAUGGCUGUUUAAAAAACAAACUCCCCAUUUUUCUGCAGAGCUCUGUGUUCUCUUGCUCAAGUGAGUUGCAGUAUUGUUAUUGCCCACGAUGCUUUGCCAGGCUGCUAAAGUGGCAGGUUUCAGUUUGCCAAAGGUAGCUCCAUGAACUUGCUUCCAGGAGGGCACAGCUUCACAGUGGGUGGCACUCUUGGGUCAGUGUCAGGCACUGUGUGCCACUGGCACCGUUCUCGGGGUCUCGAGUGCCUUCAGUAGGACUGACGGCUUUACAGAUGGCCCCAGGUGAUUCAUCCCUAUGACUUCCCAGAUGGAGAAGACCUGUCUGGUGAACUCUUAGGUCACAAAAGUAAAUCUGACAAGUGACCUGAGAGCUGUACCAAGAGAACUGUGGAGAACCUGAAUGUUGGGUGACUCCAGCCCUCUCUAGGAAGCUGCUGCCAAUUUCACGCCUGCAGCUGGUAGUGGCUGGUGAUGUACGGUACAUUCUGUGUCAUGUUGUACCACCUGAAACAUGUUGUCUUUUUAUUCAUACCUCUCUUGCCUCUCUGUUCAGUCUUGAAUGUAUUUGAAUGUCCUUUCAGUUUAUGGCUUUGUAAAAGUGUAAGUGCAGAAAAAUUUAAGUGUAUAGAAUAUAUAUGUAUAGAAUUGCACUUGAAGUUUCUUAAUAGUGUAAAUGCACUGCAACUGCUUAUUAUUGUUAUUUCUUCUGAAAUGCAUUAUCAUUAGAAGUUUACAUGGACAGGAAAACAACAUAAUAUGAUACUUCUAAUAACUUAUUUAUUUGCAAAUAUUAUAAUAUUUUUUGGGAUAUAGAUUCAGAUAUUUGUUUUAGAGAUUGUUAAUAUUGUAGCAUUGUAGAAAAUAAUCCUCAAUUAAAAGACAUAUUCUAAACUUUG